AUGAUCACCCGCUUCAUCACCGAGGUCAACACCAAAUUCAACCCCUUCUCUGCAAAAUCGAGGUCCGCCCGGCUGUUCCUCUCGUUCCUGCCGCCCACGGCGCGCAGCCAGGGCAUGGCCAUCCAGACGAAGCUGCUGCCGCGGGCAUCAACCGACAAGGCGGCCCUGCAGGUCAAAUUCAAGGACGGAAAGCUUCUGGACCUCGACUGCGAGAACUUGGGCAUCAAGAGCCUCGUCGAGGAGUGCGACAGACACUCACGGGCAUUGCAGAAGCAGGCAGACCUGGCGGAUGCGUAG